CGUAUUGAUUGGUUUAGAUUCGACCAAUGAGAGCGCACCUUGAACCGCCACUAAACACAUUUUCAAUUUGAAAUCCAAACGGCUACGGAACAGUGCUGUAUUGGGGUGUGUUGUUUAUUUCGUGUAUAAAAGAAUUGAGCACGAUCUAUGAACAAAGAGAAUACAUCAUCUCGUCUCCCAGUCAUGUCUGGGAAACGUGCCCUCACCUCUAGCUCGGACGGGGAGCAACAGCCUGCGCAGAAGAAAAUGCGCAAGGUGGACACAGAGCCGCCUCAGAGGUUCAGACCGGCUAGUGUUGUGCCAGCAAGACGUCCUGUGCCUGUCAAAGCUCCUGUAGCCAAACCUCUUCGUCCAACUGGAGCUGCAACAGUGGCUCUUGCCCCAUCAAGAGGUGAACAAAAGAAACCAAUUGCAGCGGUUGCUAAAGCACCUGCAGGUUCAGCUGCAUCACGAAGGCCCGCAUGGGACCUGAAGGGUAAAGUCAGUGACAUGGAGACCAAGGUCCAAAACUACCAGAGCAAAGUGAAAACUGUAAACCAGGAGAAUGAAAAUCUAAAAGAUUCCAUAACAAAAGUCCAAAAGCGUGAAGCUGAAAUAAAAGAGGAAAAUAACAGCCUCAAAAGGCGCCUCAGGGACUGUGAAGAAGAGCUGGUAAAGCUGGCUACUGUAAAGGACGACCUGGAGCAGACGUCUAAAGAAAGAGAUGAGUUUCAGAAAAAAUUCAACAGGCUUACCGAGGAGCACAAGGUUUUGGAAGGGCUCAGGGACCAUCUGGAGUCUGAGCUCCGCAAUGUGCAGACUCAGCUCUCCAUUCAGACCUCCGCAUUGGGCCGGUGUCAGGACAGUUUGAAGGAGAGUCAGGAGAUGGUCAGGAACCUUGAAGAGACCGUGACCCGUCAACGAGAAGAGCUUCAUUUUGGAGAAAUGGAGCGAAGGAAACUCCACAACACCAUUCAGGAACUGAAAGGUAACAUCAGAGUCUUUUGUAGGGUCCGCCCAUUGCUGACCGGGAAUCAGUCGGAUGUUCCACAUAUCCAGUUGCCGGCGCAUGAUAACAAGGCUCUUACGCUGGCCAAAAUGGAGGAGUCACAUACAGGUCGCACAGCCGAUACACAGAAAAGCUAUAACUUCAGCUUCGAUCGUGUGUUUGGGCCACGCACUACUCAAAGUGAUGUUUUCGAAGAGAUUUCCUUGUUGGUGCAAUCUGCUUUGGAUGGGUACAACGUUUGCUGCUUCGCUUACGGCCAAACCGGCAGCGGGAAGACCUUUACUAUGGAGGGGGGUGAUAUGGAGGAAAAAUGGGGUGUUAUUCCUCGUGCCGUCCAGCAGAUAUUUAAGUGUGCCAAAGCACUCAGUGAGCAAGGAUGGAAGUAUACCUUCACUGCCAGCUUUGUGGAGAUCUACAACGAGACUCUUCGAGACCUUCUGUAUACGGGAAAACCAAAUAAGAGACCCGAGCAUGAGAUCAGAAAGGUCUCCAACAAUGAGAUCACAGUUACUAACCUGACCUACCAAAAAGUCAACAAUGAGGAUGAGGUACAGAAUUUGAUCAUGUUGGCAAACCAAAACCGUUCGACUGCGCGCACCGGCAUGAACGAUCAUUCCUCUCGGUCUCACUCUGUGUUCCAGCUAGACAUAGAGGGAGAAAACACUGAUCGAGACACCAAAUGCAAAUCCACACUGUGUCUGGUGGACUUGGCUGGAAGUGAAAGGGUACAGAAGAGUCAGUCACAAGGAGAACGCUUCAAAGAAAUGACCGCCAUCAACUCUUCUCUCACUAACUUGGGGAUUGUGAUUGCAGCUUUGGCCAACAAGGACAGCUUUGUUCCCUACCGUAACUCAAAGCUCACCUACCUUCUGCAAAACUGCCUUGGCGGAAACAGCAAAACUUUGAUGUUUGUCAAUAUAUCACCUGAGGAAGAGAGCUUUGGUGAGAGUCUGAAUUCUCUGCGGUUUGCCAGCAAGGUGAAUGACUGUGUCAUUGGAACAGCUUCGGCUAAUCGGAAGUAAUUUUAGCCAUGAUUUUUCUAAACUCAACUGUUGUCUUUUUUGUAAAUGUUUUUAACUUUUUAUCUGAUUCUGUCAUUUAUACAUCUUUAACCUCUCUGCUUUGUGAAAUAUUUUUAUAUAUGUGAUGCAUUUUAAUGUACUGUUUAAUUGCCAUACCAGUUUUUAUCCGUUUUUCAACCAUCAAAUGCAUAUUGUAAGAAAGCUUGUAAGUGAACUCAAUAAAUGUUCCAUAUUUGGCACUUUUUGGCAAGUGGACAAAGUUUGGAAACUCAUUUA